AUGUCUUUCCGAGGCGACGACCAGCGCCGAUAUGGACAUAUCCCUCCGGUCCAGUAUCCUGUUGCCAACCAGCAAGCCCCGGAACAGCCCACAUAUCUGCCCCGGCGGCCAAGUUUCAAUAGUGGCGACGACUCGGCCCUCUUCGACUCGGCUGCGAACCGUCAACAUUACCCACCGCCGGUGAACACGAGUACGAGGGGACAUGUCUCUGAGGACGAGCUUUUUCUCGCGAGUCCGACUGAUUCCAGCAGACCCAACCAUGGCUCAUCGAACGUUGCAAUGUCAGGAUACCAGCAUCAGUACACGGCUCAGUCGCCACCAACGCCCUCGACCUACAACCCCCAGGCUUUUGUUCGUUCCCAGUCUACAUCGCUCCCGCCCCACCCGCAUCCGGCAGCCAACCGAUAUGGCGCCCAAAGUAUGUCGCCAUAUAGUCCGUCCCAGCAGACAACCAACUAUACCCCCGCGCCUUACAACCCGGCCGCAUAUUCGAGCACUUCACCUACAGCGCCCCAGAGACAGUCGGCAUUCGCCACACCUGGCUACGGCCGCUAUGGCAACAACCAGAAUUUCAUCCCUCUACCCGCGAAUCCAUCGCCCUACUACCAAGCCCAACCUCAAUACGCCUCUCCUCCGGCACAAACAACACAGGCCCCAACUCCACCACCAUCAUUUUCACCGUACGACCAGACCCCGACGAACUCGUCAUCCCAUGAUCCGUCCUAUUCAUACCCAUCGCCGAAUGCUUACUCCAACAGUGCCACGAGUCCAGGAGCAGCUUCCUACUCGUCCGCAUCCUCCCAGGCUCCAUACCCAACAUACUCGCAGAUCCCCGUGGGUCCUAAUUACUCAGCUAAUGAUCCCAAUUCUUUCAUCAGUCGUGGCUCAAGGUCGCAGGUAUCACCGCUGCCUUCACCACCGAUACAGCCGCAGACAUCACCCGGGUUACUGAGGCACCCUACCAAUGCGCCGUUACCGAGCCGACCCAAUGAGCACAUCAAAGACGACCGCUGGGGUUCUAACGGCGCCUAUGGCAAGGAUGACUCGGCGGAGCAUAUCACGCAGGACAACAUCAUGCAAGAUAUCGAAGCUGAGCUGGCGGCCGGUGGUGGAUCACGGAGGGGACGGCCACAUGCUUUUGAUCAGCACGACGGUGUCUUGCCCGACGGCACCCUACAGAACCUCCGGCGCUUGACGUCUUCGGCAAGCUACAACUCAACCGCAACAACCGUCAACGCUCAAGAUGAUGCGUCCGGAGUCAACCGAUAUUCAUCCAACGCAUCGACGCUGAGCAGAAAUCAUUCCGUGAACCCCAACUCGUACACAUUCCGAGAAGAAGAUGGCGAUGAAAGUGACCCAGAAGGUGCAGCAGGAGUCUUGGCAAUGCAACAAGCGGACGAAGACGACCGCCGGCUUAGUGUAGGCGUGUCGUUCCCGUAUUUCAGCCAGCCUGAAGUCUCCGCACAGCAGCCUCUUCCGAACCUCGCAGAAGAGUCCACCAGUGACAGUGACUAUGCCGCUAUGGAUAUUGGUCUCUUCAGCGGCGGUUACCCGGGAAGCCUUGUAUACGAUAACAAUUUACCAGAAACAGAGUCUAUCAAGCAGGAAAGCCAGAUUCUGUCAACACCUCGAAGCAAGCACGCGUCGCAGAGAAGCCAUGACAGCAAUAAAUAUCCAGCUUUCGAAGAGGCGAAUAUCGACUACGGCGGGACUGGUGGCUUGCUUUCGCCGUCCGAGCACCGUCUAAGCUUCGAUGAGGGCGAUGAACGUGUUUCACUCCAUUCGAGGCAGAGCGGCAGCGAGUCCCCAUACAAGGAAGAUUAUCCUGACAUGUUCUACCAUCCUGGGCUUUCCAAUAGGCCACUUCCGGCCAUCCCAGCUGGUUCGGAUAGCAGUUCUUUGUUGUCAGUGCAGUCACCGAACCGCCCAGACCAUCAACACGGAUACUCGCUGAGUGUUGAUUCGCGACCCUACUCUGGGUCGGACGCCGCCUACGGUCAGAAUGUUCAGCAAUUACAAGUCGAGCGAUCGAUAUCAUUAUCAAGUCACAGUACAUCCCCUCAAGUUCAACCUCCUGCACGGUCACGGACGGAUGCCGAAGACCGGAAUAGGCGUCUCAACCACAUGCGGCAGCAACAACUUCUUGCAGCACAGCAGGGCCUACCUUAUGAAGGAUACGACAGUGGAGCAGGUUCGUCAAUAAACUACGACGCAAUCACUUUGCCUGUGGGAAGACGGAAAAAGUUUCUGCCAGAAAAGCUCACCGUCGUCGAUACGAGAUCCUGUACGGAGCCAUGGGCUCUCAGUGGCAUUUCAAACUGGGUGCGCGAGAUGGCCGAGGGCGAGCCUGAUUUGAAGAGGAAAACAGUCGAGGACGGGCUCGUGCGACUAUUCUGCUUCAAAGUGCCGACAAUGAACGUUGCCGAUGCUGAAGCACUCGGGGCGACAGUUGUCGACUUGAUGUUGCAGGCCGGCAUCCUUGUUCCUGAGGAGGAGUGGCUCAAAUUCGGACCAGGUACUAUCACAGGAGUGAUGUGGCAGUUGACCGGAUCCGGUUGCUAUGCGCCGAAACUGCACGAAUUCGAUAAUGCUCUGUCGGGACACGAGGUGCCUGGUAGGUGUUACUCCCACCACUGUGGUCGUACACUGAAAAAGGCCAAUUUGGAUGAAUUAAUGUCCGAGGGCGUCAAGAAAGUGGACUGGGCAACGUAUUAUGGAAUGACGCCGGAUGGUGUAGAGGGCAAACACAAAAAGGAGAUAGAACGACAGAAUGUUCUACACGAGAUCGUUACCAGCGAGGAAGAGUAUAACGAUCAAUUGGAUGUCCUGCGUAUACUAUAUCGAGAUCAACUCACACAGUCCCAGCCAAGAAUCAUUGCCGAAGGCAAGAUUGACAAGUUCGUCGGUGCGGUUUUCGGCAAAGCUGAGGGCAUCCAGCAGGCCAACAAAGACCAUCUGCUUGCGCAGCUCAAGUAUCGGCAGAAAGAACAAGGGCCUUGGAUCAUUGGCUUCAGUGAUAUUUUCCGUGAAUGGAUCCGGAAGGCGAGAGUCGCAUAUGUCGAAUAUGCUUCAGCUUUCCCCUACGCGCAAUAUCUUGUUAGACGGGAAGCAGACCGGAACUUUAUGUUUAGGCAAUUCCUCGAUAACAACAGAUCACACCCGCGAUCCAAGAAACUUGACUGGACCACUUUUCUGAAGGCCCCGAUCACGCGCCUGCAACGAUACAAUCUUCUGCUCGGAACUAGCUUGAAGAAUAUGAUCGGGGAUAGUGAAGAAAAGGCCACUCUACACAAGGCCAUGGAGGAGAUAAAACAUGUGGGCCUGGAAAUGGACGCUAAGGUCGACGAGAUGCAAAAGAAGGUGACCAUGAUCGAAUUGGACCAGAUGCUUGUGCUGCGGCCCGGAUACCACGCCGACCUCAAUUUGGACCACCUAGGUCGUGAGCUCAUCACUCAAGGCGAUCUGCAACGAAUGGGCUCCAAAGGCGUACGAUGGGUGGAUACCCACGCCUUGUUAUUUGAUCACUAUCUCAUCCUAGCCAAGCUUGUCACGUCCAAGGACGGCAGGCAGGAUAGGAAAUACGAUGUUUCGAAAGAGCCCAUUCCCAUGCCGCUACUAUUCCUUGAAAGCAGUCAAGACGAACCGGUUUCGAAGCAGAAGGGUAUUGCUGCACCUCUGACUCGAGCCGCUGGAUCUACUGCGGAUAUUAAGAAGGCUUCAGAUACCAAACUUAACAAAGUUACAUCGAACGGAAGUGAACGUCCUGGCCUGGAGCAUACACCGACAACCUCUUCUAUGGGAUCCAUUGCCGUCACCCGGCUGACUCAAACCAACUCGACCGAAUCGGAAGGCAAGAUCUUGUAUCCAUUCCGUGUGAAACACUUGGGUCAUGAGGUAUACACUUUGUUCGCUCCGAGUGCCCACGAUCGGCAAAUAUGGUGUGACAAGCUCAUCGAGGCGAAGACGCGACACGCCAAGGCUUUACACGCACAGAAUGCCGAGCCUUUCAGGUUACGUGCCAUUGCCGAUAGUGCAUUCGGGUAUGAUACUUUUUCUGGCAUUGGCAAGUACGUUGGCGGUGUGCACAUUCGUGGAACUCCUCUUGAUCGAGCAAUCCGUGAACUGGAGAAGACGUUCGGCCCAGGACGGGGGCCUCCGCCGAUAUCACGAGCCCCUGUGAAUUGCGCGGCUGGCUUCACAGCGUACGGCAGGAAUAUGAUUGCUAUUGGCACCGAUGUUGGUGUCUGUGUGGCCGAGGCUGGUGACCAGAGAGGUUGGCUCAAGACGGUCUCUGUAGCAAGAGUCACGCAAAUAGCAGUGCUUGAGGAGUUCUCGGUGGUGCUUAUCCUGGCAGACAGGAGUCUGGUCUCAUACCCGUUGGAUGUGAUUUCGCCUCCCUCGAACUUUCCAACCCCUGCGAACGACAACCCGCGUCGUUCGCCGGUGCGCCUCUCGAAAGACGUCUCCUUUUUCGCAACGGCUCGUAUGAAAGAUCGUAUGCUGGUGUUUUACAAGAAGAGGGAAGGCUUGCACAGCACUUUCAAAGUCCUUGAACCCGUACUUCAGAAAGCAACCGAGAAGAAAACGCGCCUCUUCGGCGGUCGCAAAGUUAAUGGUUCCACGGAAAGCUUCCGCGACUAUGACGACUUCUACUUGCCGGCCGAAUGCUACUCGCUGAACAUCUUCCAGAAUUACAUCGCCAUUUCCACGUCCAAGGGCUUUGAGCUCAUGACUUUAGACAAGAAGGUGCCAAUGAGCAUACCGGACGUCAAACAACCUGCGAUUGCCAACAUUGCGAACCGCAUCAGGGACCAGCGACCCCUGGGCAUGUUCAAGCUCAACGACCAGGAAUUCCUGUUGGCAUAUGAAGACUGCGCCGUCUAUAUUGACAAGCAUGGCGAUGUUAGUCGCAGCGUCAUCAUGGAGUACAGCGGCAAGCAAAAGAAAGCCAAGGGUUCUACUCUGUACGGACAGUACCUGCUGCUCUUCAACGAGGACUAUGUGGAAGUACGAAAUGCGGAGAAUGGCCGGCUAAGGCAAAUCAUUGCAGGGAGGGACGUGCGGGUUCUUGAUUACGGCGUCAGAGGGCCUACGGGAGGAUUCUACCAGACCGCGAACGGGUACGCGGCGCCCGCUCAAAACGAAGGCGGAGGAGCCGAGUCCAAAGGUACGGUCAAGAUCUGCAUGGCGCACCCGGAAGUCGCCAAUCAGCAGAUCGUGCUUGAAAUGUUGCUUAACAACGGACAUACCGAGGCAUGA